AUGGUCCAAACAUGGACCGGCGUUUGCCGUGAGUGCCUCACAGCCGUGUCCAGUGUCCCGGCUACUAUCCUGUUCGGCUCAAUUGGAGCGACAAUGGUAGGAUUGUUUAUAUUGGCCUUCUCCUUCCUCUGUCUGGUCGCCCCUACACCCCGAAGUCCUUUACCGGAAGAAAAGAAGUACAGAACCCUCUCCCAAAACGGCGACGUCACCAAGCCUGAAACACUCCCAUGCUGGCUCGAAAAGUUGGACUCGGCAAAGAAUGCCGCGGGGCGCACGGCUAUCGAGCCCGCGGAACUGUUCAUGUCCGUCGUCGUACCGGCCUAUAAUGAAGAGAAGCGACUCGCGGGUAUGCUGGAAGAAGCAGUCAACUACCUCGAGCGCACAUACGGAACUCUUCAAAGCAGCUCGAGUCAUGAGAUGGAGAACAAUGGAGUUUCCACUCGCUCGAUGCGCAAACGCAACCCAGCUCCGGCUGAUCAGAAUGUGAACGGUAAUCACGAGUGUGCUGGAUCCGACCGCGGAUGGGAAGUCAUUAUUGUAUCCGACGGAUCCACUGAUCGAACUGAAGAGGUCGCAUUCUCCUUCACCCGGGACCACCAGAUUUCCGAGCAUCCCAAGGGCUACGCAGGCCCGUGGACGCCAAAGAUUCAAGAAGGUGUGCACAUUCCGCCUGGGACAAUCCGGGUGGUCAACUUGACGCACAACCGGGGCAAGGGAGGCGCUGUGACACAUGGAAUGCGCCAUGUCCGUGGUGAAUACGUGGUCUUUGCCGAUGCCGAUGGAGCGAGUAAAUUUGAGGAUCUGGGGAAACUGGUCGCCGCUUGCCGGGAGGUCGAGGACGAUCGAGGGCGGGGCGUCGCAGUUGGAUCGCGAGCGCAUAUGGUCGGCAGUGAGGCCGUUGUCAAGAGAUCCAAGCUACGAAACUUCUUGAUGCAUUCAUUCCACCUGAUCCUUUGGUUGAUGACACCGCCCAAGACGGCACCCGUCAAGGACACACAGUGCGGAUUCAAGCUUUUCUCGCGUCGCUCACUACCCUUCAUUGUUCCUUACAUGCACUCCGAGGGCUGGAUCUUUGACGUGGAGAUGCUCAUGCUGGCCGAGUUUGCGCGGAUUCCUGUGGUCGAGGUCCCCAUAGGAUGGCGCGAGGUUGGCGGGAGUAAGUUGAAUGUCAUCCGGGACAGUAUUGGCAUGGCUUGGGGAUUGGCCAUUCUGCGGGCAGCGUGGUCGCUGGGGGUUUACCGGCAGCGAUGA